AUCAGUUUCCCAGAAGCACCACCACACCUGGAGUCUUAGUCUUUAGAAGAUGAGGUUCUAUAGAAUAUGGCUCUUAGCAAAUAUUCUCCUAAUCACAUCACUUUCUACUGCUAAAGGGGAAGAGGAAUGUGUUUUGCAUUAUGUGGAAAAUGGUUAUUCUUUAUUCUUGGAAAGAAAGUUUGUACAAGAUCAGUCUGUCAAAGUCAACUGUUAUAAAGGCUUCAACCUUCCAAAUGGUCAGGAUACAAUUACAUGUACAGAGAGUGGCUGGACACCUCAACCCAUAUGCAUCCCUUCUGAGACAUGCUCAAAGUCAGAUAUAGAAAUUGAUAAUGGAUUUUUUUCUGAAUCUGAUUUAACAUAUGCUGUAAGUAGAAAAACACGAUAUGUGUGUAAACAGGGAUAUACAACAGCAAAUGGAGAAAGAUCGGGAUCAAUCACUUGCCUACAAACUGGAUGGUCCGCUCAACCUUCUUGCAUUAAGUCUUGUGAUGUGCCUGUGUUUGAGAAUGCUAAAUCUAAAAAUGUUAGCACAUGGUUUAAACUCAAUGACAAAUUAGAUUAUGAAUGUCACAUUGGAUAUGAAAAUAAAUAUAAGCAUACCAAAGGCUCCAUAAUGUGUACUCCUGAUGGAUGGUCUGAUAAACCCUCAUGUUAUGAAAUUGAAUGCAGCAUUCCCAUAUUAGACCCACGCUUAGUUGUUUAUCCCAGGAAAAUAAAAUAUACAGUUGGAGAUUUGUUGAAAUUCUCUUGCCGACCAGGACACAGAGUUGGACCAGAUUCAGUGCAAUGCUAUGACUUUGGAUGGUCCCCUAGUUUUCCGACAUGUAAAGGUCAAGUAAGAUCCUGUGGUCAAUAUCCUGAACUACUCAAUGGGAAAAUUAAGGGAACAAAGAAAGCUGAAUACAGCCAUGGUGACGUUGUGGAAUAUGAUUGCAAAACUAGAUUUCUACUGAAGGGACCCAAUAAAAUCCAGUGUGUUGAUGGGAAGUGGACAACCUUGCCAAUAUGUGUUGAGGAGAAGAGAACAUGUGGAGACAUUCCUGAACUUAAGCAUGGCUCUGUCAAGUUUCCUGUCCCUCCCUACCACCACAGAGAUUCAGUGGAGUUUACUUGUGCAGAAACCUUCACAAUGAUUGGACAGGGAUCAGUUUCUUGCAUUAGUGGGAGGUGGGCCCAGCUUCCUCAAUGUGUUGCAACAGAUCAACUUGAGAAGUGUAAAGCACCAAGACUGGCUGUAAUAGGGGCAAAUAAACUCGUGAAGGAUGGAUUUAAUCAUAACUCUAGCAUCAGUUACAAAUGUAGAGGAAGUCAGAAGUAUGGAUAUUCAAUCUGCAUUAAUGGAAGAUGGGAUCCUGAACCAAUCUGUACAAGAAAAGAGAAAACAUUCUGCCCUCCUCCACCACGGAUUCCAAAUGCCCAAGUGAUUGAAACCACAGUGAAAUACUUGGAUGGAGAGAAAGUAUCUGUUCUUUGCCAAGAUGGUUACCUAACUCAGGGCCCAGAAGAAAUGGUGUGCAAAGAUGGAAGGUGGCAGUCAUUACCACGCUGCAUUGCAAAAAUUACAUGUUCCCAGCCCCCUAAAAUAGACCACGGAUCUAUUAAGUUACCCAGAUUGUCAGAUGCAGGAAGAGAUGCAAUUGAGUCCAGCAGUCAUGAACACGGAACCACAUUCAGCUAUGUCUGUGAUGAUGGCUUCAGAAUAUCUAGGGAAAAUGGGGUAACCUGCCACAUGGGAAAAUGGAGCUCUCCGCCUCGAUGUGUUGAUUCAACAGGGCAAUGUGGGCCUCCUCCAACUAUUGAAAAUGGAGACAUCACCUCCUUGUCAUUACCAGUAUAUGCACCAUUAUCAUCAGUUGAAUAUCAAUGCCAAUCCUUCUAUAAAAUGCAGGGCAGCAAGAAAAUAACCUGCAAAAAUGGAGAGUGGGAAGAGCCACCAAAGUGUUUACAUCCAUGUGUAUUAACAGAAGAAAUUAUGAGAAGACAGAAAAUAAUUCCCAAGAGGACAAAGAAUAAAAAGAUUUAUAUCCAGUCAGGGGAUUAUGUUGAAUUUGUGUGUCUAACUGCAUAUCAAAAGGCACGAGGAUCACCUGAGUUUCGUAUACAGUGCAUUGAUGGUCACAUCAAUUAUCCCACCUGCUCAAAAUAAGUUACAACUCUUAGUAGACUUCAUAAAUGAUCAUUUGUUUUGAAAGGUGUGUGAACAUUGCUAACACAGUUUCAAAUUACAUUUGAAAUAUUAACAUAUUUCUUCCAUAAGUGCAAAGUUCUGUUAACAAAUGGUGAUUAAUUUGGACAUGAGAGACAGCUGCCACAAAUGCAAAAGCAGAGCAUUGGAAACUCCUGAUCCAAAAGGGAUGUGCCUAGCCUCCAUCAAUGACAGAAUUAGAUGCAACUGCUUUAGUGUCUGUUUCUAUCCAGCACUUUCUUAAGUUGCUCCAAUCAUGAUGCUACCUUUGUAUCUCAAUCUCUGAUUCACAGUGAAUGGAAGAUGUAUUGUCUCAGUCUUCAAAUUAGUAUUAGUUCACAAACACGUGACAACUGAAUUGACAGAUUUAACACUAUAAAUGAAUACACGUGUUACAUAAUUCUUUUGUAGUGAUAAUAAAUCUAAAAAGUAUUUGUGCAUAAAUUUCUAAAAUAAUGAUAUGGCCCAUGGAAAGUUUCAGAUGGUUAUAGAAUUAAAUUAAAAUAUAACUGGGUAUA